AACCGGCGUUUGCUUGUGCUUUUGCUUGAUCAGUUCGAAAGAAUUUCGGAUUAUCGAUUACGAGAUUUUGUUUUUUGGUUGAUUUUUUUAUGUUAGAUUAUGAGGAUAAUCUGUAGGGUUUCGGUUCGAGAUUUUGAUUCUACUUGAUCGAUCAUUCGUUUUCGUUGGAUUGGAUUUUUCUUUUCCGGGAAAAUUCGACCGCCAUGGGAAAGCUUUCGUUCAAGGAUUCGCUCAAAGCGCUUGAAGCCGAUGUACAGCAUGCCAAUACUCUUGCUUUAGACUGUCCAAGAGAGAGUGAUGGAGCUUGUGUUCAAAUGAGAAUAUCUUACAGUCCUGCCGCUCCCUUUUUCCUUUUUCUUGUUCAAUGGACUGACUGCCGCCUUGCUGGUGCCUUGGGGCUGCUAAGAAUCCAUGUCUAUGUGACUUAUCCAGAUGGAAAGACCACCAUGUCCAUUUAUGAGCGAAAAUCUAGCAUUAGAGAAUUUUAUGUGGUAAUCUUCCCUUCUCUUCUGCAACUUCAAAAGGGCAUCACAGAAUUGGAAGAUAGGAAACAGAAAGAGGUUUGCAAUUCCAGAUACAAAAGAAGGGAUGAAGUUGCAAGGGGAAAACUGUCAGAAAUCGACAAAGAAAGAGAAAAGGAGUGUGGAAUUUGCAUGGAGGUUAACAGCAUUGUUGUUUUGCCUCAUUGCAUCCAUUCUUUGUGCUUGAAAUGUUAUCGAGAUUGGCGCAGUCGUUCUCAGUCGUGUCCCUUCUGUCGGGAUAGCCUCAAGCGAGUGAACUCUGGUGACCUAUGGAUCUACACAGACAGGAAUGAAACGAUUGAUCUUACUUCAAUUUUGCAGGAGAACCAGAAGAGACUAUUUAUGUACAUUAAUAAGUUGCCAUUGGUUGUUCCAGAUCCAGUGUUUCUUCCUCUUGAUUCUCAUAUUAGAUGAAGAAUGGGGGACGCACCUCUUCAAUCUGUGAGUAGUAGUUUCAACUUUCUGUGUAGAUAAUUGAUUGUAGGUUGAUAAGAUAGGGAUUGUAGAAGGGAUGUUUGCCAAAUUUCAUUUUCUUAGUUUAUCAAAGUAAAUGCUUUUGGUUCACCCAA